AUGUAUUUCAAGAACCUUGUUAUGCUGGCCAUGGCUGGCGCGGCCGUUGCUCAGCGUCCCAGCAACGUCUCAAUCUGUGACUACUACACCACCGCCCUACUCAAAGACAACAAUGCCACCAACCAGUAUACCUUGUUGGCUCUCUUGGUGAACACUGCUGUCAUCGGCAACUACACGCAGCCCAAUGUCGGUGUUGCAGUUCCGGGUAUCUUGAACCCUAACGGAACAUACAACGGCACCAGCGUCAAUCUUGUCCCCUAUUUCGAUGGAGGUCUGGCUUCGACCAACAAUGGUGGCAACGCAGGUGUUGCUGUCAACUUCUUGGACGGAGGUGGUGCUGCGCCUUUGAUGAAGAAUCUGCCAGCAGAGGACAAUACUUCUAAACAAUACUUUCUCCUCACUCAUUUGUAUGAGUUCUUCGGCUCCCUUCUCGGUUGCAGCGAGGUCGGCAUGACCGGAUUUUCCGCUUAUGGGGGAGAUGCUAGCAUGUACGAGGUGCACAAGUUCAUGGUCCUCGACCCAUACCAAAUCGGAUACUUCAUCACCCAAGUCGGUCUAUCAGCCGCCUCUUUCGGCGUCGCCGAAUCUGACAUCAGCGCCGUCGCCACGGCUCUUGAAAGUCUAUUCGCCUACCGCUGUGCUCCUAAGACAACUGUCAUCACGGCUCAGGGCCCUCAAUACCAGAGCACCUGCACAGAUGAGACCUGCCCUCUUGCAGCAAACUCUACCUGCGCCGACCAGCCAAACAUUGAUCAACCACUCGUCGCCAACGCUACCCUCGCUAUGGGUGAAGGCCGCAACGCCAGUAGCAGCAGUAGUGCUGUUGCACCCUCAUCUACUUCGUCGCCUUCGGGAAGCUCUACUGGUUCUGCAUCUGGUACUUCGUCAGGAACAGUUCCUGCCCAGACCAAGUCGUCUGGCUCGCAGCUUAGUCCGAGCAUGGGAGUUCUGCUUGGUCUUCUCUUCAUUGGUGCCUUUGCUUUCUAG